AUGUCUUCAGUCGACGUUUCCGCUAUUGAGGAGGCUAUGAAAGCCGCAUCCCUCGACCAAUACCGGGGCUACGCCCAGGACCACUAUACCGAGGUUAAGCAGGACCACGAAACCGAGUAUCUCAAGGAGUCCGACGCAUCCGCCUAUCAGGUUCUUCGAGAGCCAUUGUGGAACAAAGGUCUCUCAUUCACUCCCGAACAGCGAGUUCACAAGAACCUGACCGGUCUCCUACCCCACGCCAUGGAGAGCCUCGAGACGCAAUGUGCCCGGGCCAUGAAGAUGAUCAACACCCGCCAAACCGGCAUCGACAAGUAUCUAUAUCUGUCGAGCAUCAAGGCUCAGAAUGUUGACCUCUUCUACCGCCUGCUCAUGGACAAUGUCCGCGAGCUGAUGCCCCUGGUCUAUACCCCCACCAUUGGCGAUGUCUGCCUGCAAUACUCUUCUCUAUACACCCGACCCGAAGCAUUAUACAUCUCCAUCAAGCAGCGAAAGUCAAUCCGAGCAAUGCUCCGUAAUUGGCCCUGCCCUAACCCUGAUAUUUGCGUCGUCACUGAUGGAUCUCGAAUCCUGGGUCUUGGUGAUCUCGGUAUCAAUGGUGUUGGUAUUUCGAUCGGUAAACUAGCUCUGUACACGGCGGCCGCGGGCAUUCACCCUGCCAAGACUCUGCCCAUCGUUCUGGACAGCGGCACAAACAACGAGACGAACUUGAAAGAUCCUUUCUACCUGGGUCUGCGCCAGAAGAGAGUGUCUUACAAGGAUCAACAAGACUUCAUGGACGAGUUCAUGGAGGCCGUCAAAGAAGUGUACCCCAACAUGGUAGUUCAGUUUGAAGAUUUCGACAGUGAAAAGGCUUUCAACUACCUGGACCGAUACAGAAAUACCCACAGGGCUUUCAAUGACGAUAUCCAAGGCACUGGUGCCGUUGUCCUUGCUGGAUAUAUCAACGCCGUUAACCUGUCGAGUGUUCCUCUGGAAGAGCAGCGUCUCGUUUUCAUGGGUGCUGGUUCGGCCGGUGUGGGUGUCGCUAAGCAGCUUGUUGAGUACUACACCCGUAGAGGCUUGACCGAGGCUGAGGCCCGUGAUAAGUUCUACCUGGUCGACACCAAGGGUCUAGUGACUAUGGAUCGCGGUGACAAGCUUGCCGAGCACAAGAAGUACUUUGCUCGUGUUGACAACAGUGGUCACCAGUUCCGCACCCUGGAGGAGGUCAUCGAGUAUGUCAAGCCCAGCGCUCUUGUUGGUCUUGCAGCCACUCAUGGCAUCUUCACCGAGUCUAUUGUCCGAGCUCUCAAGGCUUCCGUAGACGCUGGUGGUUUCGGACGUCGACCCAUUCUGUUCCCUCUCAGCAACCCUCUGACCAAGGCUGAGUGUACUUUUGAGCAAGCCGUGCAGUGGACCGACGGUUCAGUCGUUUUCGCUUCCGGUUCUCCUUUCAAUUCCUUCACCCUCAAGGUAGGCGGCGAUGCGGGAGAAAUCACCUACCACCCCAACCAGGGAAACAAUGUAUACGUCUUCCCUGGCUUGGGUCUGGGUGCCAUCCUCGCCAAGGCAACUCGCGUCACCGAUGAUAUGGUGUACACAUCUGCCGCAGCGCUUGCUGGAUCCCUCAAUGCUGAGGAGGUCCACAUGGGUCUGAUCUACCCCAAGAUUGAACGAGUCCGCGAUGCCAGCGUCAUUGUCGCCCGUGAGGUGAUGAAGGCUGCUCGUCGUGAUGGCGUAUCUGAGCUACCAGAGUCGCUCUGGGUCGAGUGGGAAGAGUGGGGUGAUGUUGCUUUGACAAACUACAUCAAGCAGCGCGUAUAUGACCCUACCUCCUUCCCAGACGCCAAAGGUCGGUUAUAA